UGUAUAAUAAAGAGCUCUAAUACCUAUCAUUGCCUUCUUCAUAUUCUACUUUUCCAAGAUCAUGGUUGAAAGAUUAUUAAUAAAAGCAUUGCAGGGUGGUGAAAAUACAAAGAUCAUGACUUUUACAGGGAAGAAAAUAAAAAAGAUGCCCUCAACAUUAGAAAAACUACCGGCCCUGAAGACUCUAGACCUUCAGAAUAACCUAAUUCCUGAAGUGUGUCCAGAGAUACGUACCUUGACCCAGUUGACAUCACUAAAUCUGGGAAACAACCUUUUAGAAGCAGUUCCAGAAGAGCUGAAAUAUCUUGUGUCUCUGAGGAAGCUCCAUUUAUUUGGAAACAGGAUUUGUAGAUUUGCAUCUGGAGUAUGUGAUGGCUUACAAAAUUUGAUUCUACUUAAUCUGAACAACAAUCAACUUACAUGGCUUCCUCAAGAAAUUGGCAGAUUAAAAAGCCUUGUAUACAUGAGUAUAAAUCAUAACCAGCUAGCCAUCAUUCCUACAGAACUUUGUUCUCUUUUGAAUCUUGUUGAACUUCAGCUUAACUACAACCAGGUCAUUUACAUACCUGAAGAGAUUAAAUUUUUGAAGGAUCUCCAAAAACUUCUUCUGGCCAGAAACAACAUUAAAGCUUUGCCCAACACAUUUUGUGAUCUUGAAAACCUAAGAAUCCUAGACAUAGCUGGAAAUCUUAUUCAGAUGUUUCCACCAGGAUUUCAGAAUCUUAAGCUGAGGGAAUUCUAUUGUGAAGGAAACCCUCUGCUCCUGAAGCGACCAGUUAUUACUACACAUCACAAGGACAUCUGGAGUCUGCAGAUUUCCGGACGACUCUGGCCCACCUCAUGGACAACUCAGCAUUUAAGUAAGCAGAACAGAAAAGUAAAGUGUGCAGUGAAAGGGAAAUGCCAUACAAAAAAUGAACUGACAUCAAGAUUUGUAAUGGAUCAACUAGAAGAAAAGAACCCUUUACUAAUGAAUGCCAUAGACUCUUACCCACAGGUCAGGGACAUAAUCUCUCCAGGAAAAAAAUGUGCAAUAUGUGGAAAGCCCUUUUUAACUAUAUGGCUGGAAUGUGUUCAAUUUAUUCAUCCAUCAAAGAACUGCAAGGUAAGCAGAAAUCUACAGCUGGUACCUGUCCAAAUACUGAUUUGUUCUUAUAGAUGCUUUAUGCAACGUUCCCCCAACGUUUUUGGAGUCGCUGAUGCGUAAGACAGAUGAGGUGCUCACUGAGAACCUCAUCCCACUUGUCCUGUCUGCUUUGCAGUCAGUCAGAUUAUGCCCUACUUUUUGUCAAUACAUUAAGCAAAUGUAGAAAAGAAAUUGAGUUAUAAAGAUCCAAAUUUAAGUGCUGUGAUCUACCUUUUGAUUGUUUAGACUCUAAUUAUGCUGUUUUAACCCCUCUUGGCUUAAAAGAAAAUAAAAAACU